UCCAAUAAACCAAUAAUGCAAUAGCAAACAAAUGCAAAAAUAUAGCCAUAAUGAUGAUAAGAAACGAUGAUAUAAUCAAUUACAAGAAUGUUUUAACCCAGUCGCAAAAAAGAAAAAAAAAAUUUAGCCCAUGCAACAGCUGACAAAGGUAAACAAACUCGGCACGUGAAGGCACUACAUCACCUAACGGCAGAACCAUGGCCCAAAGCGAUCCUGAGGACAGAGAGUUCAAAUUCAGCUCAAACCUUAGCCUGGAGGAGAUACGUUCCGACCAGCACAACUUCUGUAAAGAGCGUAACUGGGCACAAUUCCACCCUCCACGGAACGUCUUGCUGGCGCUGGUAGGAGAAGUGGGCGAACUCUCGGAGCUGUUCCAGUGGCGUGGAGAGGUGACAAGAGGACUGCCAGACUUUACGGCGCAUGAGAAAACCCGCGUAGGCGAAGAGCUGAGUGACAUUCUGAUAUACUUGGUGGAUUUGGCAGAACAGUGCGAGAUUGAUCUGCCUCGUGCUGUGAAGGAGAAGAUGGUUAAGAAUGCAGAGAAGUACCCAGUGGAGAGGGUAUUGGGUCGGAGUGAUAAGUAUAAUGAUUACCCUGAGUACCUUCUCCAGGAGGCUCCAGCGGGUGAGGAACCGCAGCCAGAAAGGGAGGAGGGCGAUGGCAGCGAAUGAGAAAUGAAGCUAAAUGUAACAGCUCUCUUGAAUGUGUGUGUGUGUGUGUUGUGAAGGGCGAAUGUGGCAUUGCUCUGUGUGUUUUAUCAUAUGGAUUUUGUCAUGCUGUCUCCCUCAGUCUCUUGCCAUCGUUCUUUAUUUUAUCUCUUUGUUACCCCUUUCUUUCUAUUUUUUCUCUCUUUUUUUCCCCUCCUGCCCCUCUGUUAAUUAUGUGACUCUCCUCCCUUAUUCUAUCUGUACCUUCUUCCUUUUUCUUUUCCACCUCCCUUAUUCCAUCCAUCCGACUUCUUCCCUUGUCACUUUUCAGUCCCUUAUCUCUUUUCCUUUUCUGUCCUCAAGCUCAAGAUCACACAACACAGUGUGACAUAAAACCAAACUGUCCAUGAAGAGCAUUCCAUUUUUACCUGGUGGUAGUUGUAAAGAUAAGAGGAAUGUGUGUUUAAGUGGGACAACUCUUAUGUAAGAUUAACCCAUUUGUGACAGGUAAUGUACUAUCACAUCAUGGUGAAUAAUCAUAGAUGCCGGAUGACACCUCAUGUCAUGAGUAUGAUUGUGUGCCAGAUUGCAAUCUGGACAGUUACCCAGGUGGUGUACACUAAUGUACACUCAUCCUCGACAGACUUUGCUGAAACUUUUAUCUGUCAUUAUUGGGUUAAGGGAAAAAUAAGGGUCUCCAAGGGAGGUAAACAUAGGGCAGGAGAAAUUGGAGCAGCAUUAUUUGAUGGAGGGAAAAAACAACAACAGAUUUCCACCCAUUCCUUGUUGAUGCAGUUUGAGUAUUGUUACAACAAGCACCUACAAAAGGGCAAAUUGUUGUUGAAUAGUAUAGUUUUUAAGGAAAUGCAUUGUUGAUGUAUCUUUUUUUUCAAAAGCACAAGAGAGAAUUGUUACAAAUGUAUCACAGUCAUCAUUCUUGUCUGCAGGCAAGAAAAGAGCAAAGGGUUUGGUAGCAUAAGGGCCUCUAAAAGAAUGCACAAGUUGUUAUUCAGGUCAAUGAUAUUAUUUUUAUUAUUAUUUCUUUCCGGUUCACAAGGUUAUUUAAGGUAUAGUGUUUUAAGGUUUUCAUUGUGGUUGCAUCCAUGCCAUGAUGCUGAACCUCAGUCUCAGCAGAAACGUUUAUACUCUUCAUAACCAGAGUGUUAUAUAUAUAUACCAUAGGUAAGAAAUUUAUAUAUUUUUUUAAAUAUUUCCAUUUUUACCCAGUGAGAUGAAUGGGUCACAUCACAUUUUGAAUUUUAGGGAAAGAGUAUUCCAUCCUUCUCAUAUAAGCAAACAUCAGUCACAUAAUUGCAUGCAUCAGGGUUCAUACAAACCAACACUGGAAAUGACAAUCUCAAAGCCACAUUGUGGAGAUGGCUUCUUUACAUGUUUGUCCAUGUUAUAUUUGCUGCAAGAAAAGGAUUUUUUUCACUCUA